GUUCUACAUUUCACAUCUCUUCAUUUUCUUUGGCUCUUCAGAGUUUUGUCCAUCUCUAUCUUCAGAGUUCUUCAGAGUUUGCUUACCAUAUGAUCGUGAUCAGCUAUUUCUUAUCAUACCCUACAGGUAAUUCUCAAAAUCGGAGAGAUUUACAAGGACACAAUAGCGAUAUAAGUAUGACUCCCUCGGAGCUCUAAUUAUAUAGCACAAGGAUGAUUCAGGACUCAUCCACCAUAUAACUAUAACUCUCUCAGGGCUCCAAUCAUAUAGCACAAAAAGGAUUCAGAACUCAUCCAUAAACAGUGACGAUGACCCGCAACCACUGCGAGAAAACCUUGACCACGGACAACGUCAGAGAUUUUAGCCACAGGAUAACAAACUCACAGGAAAUGGAAGGAAAGUGAGAAAUAUCUGCAGCCGCCGUCAGCCUCAGGCCUCAGCCGCUGGCAAACGCACCGCAUCAGCAGCAGCAGCAGCAGCAGCCAUCCCAAGCGAGAGAGCUUUGCUUUCGCGAGUCGCGCGACUCCGCCAGGACAGGAAAAAACCGGAAAAAAAAAACCCCGCAAUAAAAUUUCCCCAACUUCCGCUUUUUCCUUGCCUCUCCCCACCACACCACACCACCCCAUCUCCCAUCUCACCAUCCCCCUUUCCCACCCUCCCGUGCGAACACACCCGCGGCGCGGAGCCCAGAUCGGGAUCGCGACGGAUCGGCGGCGGCGGCGGCGAUGGGAGGCGAGGCGGGGGAGCGGCGGCUGGGGAGGGCGAUGAGCUUCGGGAUCCCGGACGUGGCGCUGGGGCUGGUGAUGGGGUUCGUGGAGGACCCCUGGGACCGGGACGCCAUCUCGCUCGUGUGCCGCCACUGGUGCAGGGUCGACGCGCUCAGCCGCAAGCACGUCACCGUCGCCAUGGCGUACUCCACCACGCCCGACCGGCUGUUCAGGCGGUUCCCCUGCCUCGAGUCGCUCAAGCUCAAGGCCAAGCCCCGGGCGGCCAUGUUCAACCUCAUCCCCGAGGACUGGGGCGGCUCCGCCUCGCCGUGGAUCCGCCAGCUCUCGGCCUCGUUCCACUUCCUCAAGGCGCUCCACCUCCGCAGGAUGAUCGUGUCCGACGACGACCUCGACGUCCUCGUCCGCGCCAAGGCGCACAUGCUCUCCUCGUUCAAGCUUGACCGCUGCUCUGGCUUCUCAACAUCCUCCCUCGCCCUCGUCGCCCGCACCUGCAAGAAACUUGAAACGUUAUUCCUGGAGGAUAGCAUAAUUGCUGAGAAAGAAAAUGACGAAUGGAUUCGGGAGCUUGCUACCAACAAUAGUGUCCUUGAGACACUGAAUUUCUUUUUGACAGAUCUCAGGGCAUCCCCAGCAUAUCUUACCCUCCUUGUGCGCAAUUGUCGAAGGCUGAAAGUUUUGAAGAUUAGUGAGUGCUUCAUGCUUGACCUGGUUGAUUUGUUCCGUACAGCAGAAAUAUUACAAGACUUUGCCGGUGGUUCCUUUGAUGAUCAGGGUCAAGUUGAAGAGAGUAGAAAUUAUGAAAACUACUAUUUCCCUCCUUCAUUGCUCCGCUUGAGUUUGCUCUACAUGGGAACAAAAGAGAUGCAAGUGCUAUUUCCAUAUGGUGCUGCACUCAAGAAGUUGGAUCUUCAAUUCACAUUCCUUUCCACAGAGGAUCACUGUCAGCUGGUCCAGCGCUGCCCAAAUCUGGAAAUCUUAGAGGUGAGGGAUGUCAUAGGGGAUCGUGGGUUAGAAGUUGUUGCACAAACCUGCAAGAAAUUACAGAGACUUCGAGUAGAGAGAGGAGAUGAUGAUCAAGGAGGUCUUGAGGAUGAACAUGGUAUGGUUACACAGGUGGGGUUGAUGGCUGUAGCUCAAGGCUGCCCUCAUUUAGAAUACUGGGCAGUGCAUGUCACUGACAUUACAAAUGCUGCUCUAGAAGCCAUCGGUACAUACAGCAGCAGUCUUAACGAUUUCCGGCUUGUCCUGCUUGAUAGAGAAGCAAAUAUAACAGAAUCACCCCUUGACAAUGGGGUGCGUGCUUUACUGAGAGGCUGCACCAAGCUCCGGAGGUUCGCAUUUUAUGUAAGACCUGGGGCUCUAUCAGAUGUUGGCCUUGGGUACAUUGGUGAAUUUAGUAAGACAAUCCGUUACAUGUUACUUGGGAAUGUUGGGGAGUCUGACCAAGGACUGCUUCAACUCUCAACAGGAUGCCCAAGCUUGCAGAAAUUGGAGCUGAGGGGUUGUUUCUUCAGUGAACGUGCAUUGGCUGUUGCUGUUUUACAACUUAAAUCACUGAGAUACCUAUGGGUGCAAGGAUACAAGGCAUCUCCCAAUGGCACUGAUCUAAUGGCAAUGGUGCGACCCUUCUGGAACAUUGAGAUUAUUGCCCCGAAUCAAGAUGAAGUUUGCCCGGACGGUCAGGCACAGAUUCUUGCAUAUUACUCACUUGCAGGAAUGAGAUCAGAUUACCCUCACUCAGUAAUUCCCCUCUAUCCUUCGGUUUGAGUGUAUAUGUCUGAUACCAGGUUGCGAAACUCACACUCUAGUAUAGGCCGAUAUUGUUCCAAAUUCUACAGUUUGCUGCUCUUAUUCUGUUUAGCAAUGAGCACAGAACAAAUGACAAAUAAAAGCAGGAUAGCUGUUAGUUCGAGGAACAUAUUAUAACAUCUUGGGACUAAGAAUUUUAUUGCAUAUCUGAGGGGUAUCACUUCUGCGAAAGCUCAGCUCAAUUGGCCAGCACGGAUAUGUAAACUUCUCCAUUUUGAUUAGGAUCGGACACACAAUUUUGUAAUAAUGUUCCUUGUUCAAUGUUUAGUAGUAUUAUUUGACUCUUUAGCUUUGUGUCACAUUGUCUCUUGGAAGAUCGCCGCACUGUGUUCUAAUAAGUCAUUCGCUGUACAAUAUUUUUAUCAUCCACAGAUCACACUACUGGCUGUAUUCUUGCUGUGACUUUUCUAUUUCUUCUCUCUUUGGUUGUGUAACGCCCCUUGAUUGGUCUGUAUGAUGGCGCGCUGCUUCUUACUUUA